AUUUUAGUUGUUAAAUCUAAUUCAUCUUCGCAAAGGGGUGGGGCUCUUCUUUGUCGACUUGGGUUUGACCCUCUUCAUACUUUGCAUGUGUCUUUGUGCGAUAUGUAUUUCUCCAAAAGUGAAAAUCAGAAUGCUAAAAAAUCAGACCCAUUAUUUGAAACAGCCUGUCUACUAAAUAAGAAAAUAAAGGAUCAAAUUAAAAAAAUACUACUUUUACAGAAAACAGGGCAAAUUAACUUAGAAAAAAUCCAACUGCUUGAAUUUGCUGAAGAAUAUUUUGACCCUCUAUUGUGGAAUUUUUUAUUUACAAUGCUACAUGGAUGUAAAACCAAUCAUAUUGAUGAAAAUGUUCUGAUGCUACAAUGUUCUGAUUCUAGUUCUCCUGGUUCUCCCAAUAAUCAUUUAGUACGCAAUGACUUGCAAUUGUUCAAUACAUUUAGUUCAUUACUAUUUGCUCAAAAUCCUCAAUGUAAAAACCCAUUGCCUAUGAUCUUAUCUGAUUUCUUAAGUAAAUUUACAGAAGAUUCAUCUUUAUGUCAUUCAGUUUUUAAUUCAUUCGGUGCUUCAACAAGUAAAAUUACUUUCAAACGGUUUCAAUCUAGUAUAGCCAAAAAAAUUGAUGAGGAAGGACCAGAACUUUGUGGUGACUCGGCAUAUUUUAUAAGUGUGGACAAUGUGGGAAAAGAUAAAAAAAACUGUAGGGGUAGGGCAGA